AAGUCCAGGGCCUUAGCAACACUUCCUGUUCCUUACAUAUUGAAUCGCAACUCUGCUGUGCUGUAAAUUCGGCUGUGGGUUUUGUGGCUAGACACCAUGCAGCUUUUUCCUAGUUGUGAGUGUUUUUUCCGAGGAUGCUUGUUGAGGAAAUCAAGCAGGCUGUUCGAGUGCCCUGCAUCACAUUCAGAGCUCGAGAUGGAGAUUGUGAACAACAAGCUUUAGCAGAAGCAGGGAUUCGGCUUUAAAACUAACAUGGUAUGAGAAACAAACAAGGACGCCUACAAACAGGAAGUGAAGCGGCCUGUUCACAGAGUCAUUUCCUUUACCGCACAGAGUGCUGAGAUCAAGACCUACUGUUGUUGCAGCCACCAUUUUACUUUUUACUGCUUGUUACCUGUUGCUUUCGGUUAAAAAAUGUACACAGAGAGAACACGGAUAUAAUGGAUGAUCCUGGUUUGCAGAUCCUGUCAUUAGAGGCCAUUUUACAUUGUAAAGCAGUUCGUCAUAGACCAUAAAGCCACAAUCCAUUUGGCUGGAGCAUCUGAGUCAGAAAUCACCUCCUGUUGCUGCACUGUCUCCAUCAAACCGUCUGCUUUCUUCUGGACAAUUCAGCUUAACGUUGCCUUAACCAAGAUGAGGAGAAACCUGUGCAUAUGUCUAGGUGUAGUUUUGUUGAUGAUAGCUGCUUACACCUUUCAAUGGACUGGUGGUCAGUCUUUUAUGAUGCCCAGUACACAAAUGAAGAAUCAGACAGAGUCACAGCCUGCAAAGCGAGGUCGUUUCUGUAGCUGUGAAACUUGUAUAGCGGACACAGGUGAAUCAGAAUGGUUUGACAAACACUACGACCGCCAACAGCAACCGUACUUCACCGGCAGUGAAAUUGACAUAGAUCCGGUCUCGCUCAAGUGGUGGAUGUCUUUGCAGGCAUCUACUGGGACAUUCAAGGAAGUCAUAGAGGACAUGUAUGAGAUCAUCUCCCCUCCAUCCGAGGAUGAAAAGCCUCGGCAAGACCAAUGCCGGAGAUGUGCAGUUGUUGGAAACUCAGGGAAUCUAUUAAACUCCAAACAUGGAGCUUUGAUAGACUCUCAUUCAAUUAUUAUUCGAAUGAAUAAAGCUGUAACAAAGGGUUAUGAAGAGGAUGUUGGAAACCGGACCACUCAUCAUUUCAUGUACCCGGAAAGUGCGAUUGAUCUUAAUCCUGGUGUCCAUCUCGUCCUUCUUCCUUUCAAACUGCGAGACAUGCAAUGGUUGUCCAGUGCGCUGUCCACAGGGAAAAUCUCAGUGACCUACAUGCGAGUAAAGAACCUUGUACGAGCUGAUAAGGACAAGGUAUUAGUUGUAAAUCCAGCCUUCUUUAAAUAUACACAUGACAAGUGGACAGAGCAUCAUGGGAGAUACCCGUCGACCGGGAUAAUGGCCAUUAUAUUUGCUUUGCACAUCUGUGAUGAGGUGUCCGUGUUUGGAUUUGGUGCAGACAACCUGGGAAACUGGCACCACUACUGGGAGAACAACAGAAAUGCCGGUGCCUUCCGAAAGACUGGUGUCCACAACGCGGAUUUUGAAAGAGGGAUCAUCCAAAAGCUCGUCGCGGAGCACAAAAUCAAAAUGUACUGAUGCAAUCGUGGCCUUUAUUGACUAAGUAGUGCUCAAGCCAUGUAAACGCAGAGCCGGGAUUUACAGCAGCGGUAUAGAAGCCAAAGAGAUGCAGAUCAUCCACUAUAAUUGACCACUGUGAACCGCACUGAACCAAACCCACAAACGUGAAGCUGUAUUCGUAAGACCAAAUGAACUUCUGUUCUUGGACAGCAUUUACUCAGAAUGUGCCUGACCUUUUAACGGAGCAAAGCUGGAUGUCGUCUUCCUCCCUAAUCAGGAAUUGAACACUGAUGAAAACAAACAGUAAGCAAACUGACUUAAUCUGAGCCAAUUCAGAUUUAAUUCUUUCUGUUUGAAAUCAAGUGACUUGCCUUACGCUGUGUUUACACUGUCAUUGCACGAGAUGAGAUGACAAAACUGAAUCGCUUUUAUUAUUUUUUUAUCAAUGAAACCGUCUACACUUAAAUGACCAUGAUGGAUGUCAUUUACACCACUUGCUUGCUGUGUAGGUGUGGUGUUACAAAAUGCUAGCGUUAGCAUUAAAGCCUUAAAAUCAACUAUUACAUUGAGUAUAAAAUGAAAAGUUGCCACUCAUUUGGAUAUCUGAAAGACUUUUUUUACUUUAACGUUAUUCCCUAACUGACAUUAUAAAUCAGCUAACAGGAUCCAAUACACAUGCUGGAGGAUUUUAUUUUUUACUUUAAACUGAUAUUUAAGUAUUACGUUUUUCCUUUUUGGGGAAUUGUGUUAGUGUAUGUUAAUGUAUGUGUUUAUUUUAUACCUUAAGACCAAAGCCGUCCCUAAAGUGAGGCAUCUGGUCUCUGUGGCCUUGUAAUGACCCUCCGUCACUCAUAUAAUAACAGACUUGCCUCUGAUUUCACAUCAGUGUCUUGUGAUUUACGGUUCUGAAUAUAGCAGAUGCUGCAUUUUCAUACAUUUUGAUUUGUCGUCUUGUUUCUCGUCAUGUGAUUUUAAAUUACGAUUGAUCUUUGUAUUUUUAUAGUUGAAAUGACUGGCGGUAAAGGUUUUGUGGGUUUUCCUUUUUAUAUCCAAGUUUGCAUUAUUGUAAACUUUUAUAAGGACUGUGACAGGGCUAAAACUUGAUCAUGUUUGUUGCCAAGAGUUAUGGUACACACGUUGGCCUGUGGUUGUUUUGUGAUUUAUGUUGAAUGUAUUGUGGCUUUGGAUUCACUGCCAUACGUCAAUCAAUUCAUGGAUUUUGCAUUAAACCAGUGGGGGCCGGUGACUUCUUUUUUCGAGGGCGCUCAAUGCAAAGUUCGUAACAACAUGUAUGUAGCCCGUCAUGUGUGUGGUUCUUAAUUUCAAAAUAUGUGUUAUACGCAUCCUGUGUGCAUCACGUGUCUUGUCAAAAUAAGUGCCUGCUGCAGAUGCGUCUAAAGGGUUUAUGAUAAAAAAAGACGCUCGAGUUUGCCAGAUACUCGAAUAAUUUCAUGUUUAAUCAGAGUUUACUGUUAAGGGAGUGUCUUGCGUGUAUUUUGUGAAUGUGAGCGUCUCUUUUAUCAUAAACGGUUUUGACGCGUGUGCAGCAGGCAAUUAUUUUGACAAAACACGUGGUUCACAUGACACAACAAACAUAUUUUAAAAAUACAAGCAACACACAUGACACCCCGAACACAUAUUUUGAAUUUGCGCCCCUUGGAUGAGCAGUCACGAGCCACCACUGCAUCAAAGUCAAUGAUAGUAACAUAGAAAACACAACUAAAAUAUUACAAUUGAAAAGAUCAGUACUUUUUUGUUUAAAGAAAUCUUACUGGGCAAGUAAAUAAUAAAAUGUGUGUUCAAAACUC